AUGUCCGAAGGGACUCCUCAAGUUGGCGCUCCAGACCAAGGUCAAGUUCCAACUCCAGCAGCCGUCGAAGGCUCUUCGCCACUGGGCAACGAACCUAAAACAUCGACUGAUAUAUCGGAUACUAUAUCCAGCGCUAAGCUCUUCAUAGCUGCUCAAGUUCUUGAGCAGGAAGCAAGAAAUCUGCAAAGUUUACGCCCGGAUUCAUCUACGGAAAAUCUCAACGACAGACUCAAUACUGCCAUAAAGGUGCUAGAAGAGGUCCAAAAAGAACUGAAACAAAAGGCUGCAGCUAGUCAACAGGAAAAGGCAAAUUCUCCGAUCAAUGACAAACCAGAUAAGCCCAAUGAAGAGAAACAGGACGAAAUUGUUUGCAAGGUGAAGCAGUCCAGUAUGGAAGAUUGGUCCAUUGACAAGAGGGAGUCUAAACAUAUCAUUAUCGCAUACUAUCCCUCUACAUCCCUCAUUGAAAUUGACCAGGAUGGACACAAAGUCACAAAGGGGGUGUUGGAUGACCAGGAGCGCCCUUAUAGGGUAAAGUUGGCCUCAGAAGCGUUGUUGCAGGAGAUCGAUGGAAUUACAGGUAUCAAUCAGGAUACUGAACCACCGAUGUUACUCGCUCCACCAUACAAGCUUCUUGUCAGGUACCACGAAGCCAUAGGCACAAGGCUGGCACAGUUGAGCCGUUACCUGCACUUGGAAAGUGAAGAAUCUGCCAAUACUCUCGGCCAACAUCCUACAAAGUUUGAACCUAAGGAAAACAGUCCCGAAACGACGCCAGAGCGGUCUUUAAAAGAAGACAUCACAGCAAAUGAAAACAGCAGCGUAUCAUCCAAAAUACGCGACAGAUGGGUCGAGCGUUUUAAUCAUCUCAAACUGCUUCAAGAGUUCAGUGACAUACAUCUAGCACCCCAUCAUAGAACGUACGCCAAGAUCAAGUCUGGCGAUCUGGAAAAGAUUGCCUUUGAAGAUUUGUGUUUUCUAUUCACUCCCGGUGACAUCAUUUAUGUCAAAGAAAGGGGAUACGAACAAUUAGCAAAAGUAUAUUCCUUGACUGGGGGUCAGCAACGGAAAGGCGAAUCGGGAAAAGAAUACGAACGGUUCAGCAGAGAUCAGGAAGACAAGAAACCCGAGGGGUACGUACAAAGCUGGACACGUGGGUCUUGGAGUCCACUCAUCGUCGACUACUAUACUAUGGAGUCUGAUGGGUAUUACAUUGGUCCUAAGGAUCAUUGCAAGCAAAUCAAUCACUUCUCUGGCGAGCGAAACAUCACAGAUCUUGUCAUAUUUCCUCUCAGGUUCCAUCAUGAGAAAGACAAGAUAGUGGAACGUCUGACAGAAAGGGGCAGGAGAUAUUGUACGUCAUAUGGCCACAAGAGCUACAGAGGUAUUACGUGUCCCGAAGACGACAAGACGAGCCCUGAAGAGAUUGUCGGCGACAUGUUUGUUGACAUUCAAGACUAUUAUCGCGUCCACAAGAAAUCGUCGAUAUUUGACAGUCUAAACGACCAUCCGAAAAGGCCUCCACUGGGUAGAUUGUAUCCUGUGGCAACAGACACAAGAGAGACCGAGGAAUCUACCCGUGGAACAACAUUGAACCUAUUUGACGCAGAGGUGGACAGAAAGGCAUCGGAUGAAUUUAUGCUAUCACGUCAGCAUGAGAUGGAGCUCGUGGAACUCGGUUCAAGUUCUGUGCCUCAACACAUCCUUCAACUGUUGCCACACUGGGUACCUGCGUACUUUUUUCGCUCCAGAAAUUACUACCGCGUCUACGUGGCUCAUAUUGAAGACAUCGACAAGACUGAUGAAGCACGAGACAGCAGUUUUGAGGAUCUAGUCAUCCCAGAUAGCCAUCGAAACCUCCUGCUGGGUUUGAUACGAAAUCUGGUAUUGGAUCAAAACUCGGCAUCAAAACAUGAGGUUGCUGUCAACAGAUCUACUCAAAUUGAUAUCGUUCGAGGUAAAGGACAAGGCCUGAUAAUACUCUUGCACGGACCACCGGGCUCGGGGAAAACCAGUACUGCGGAAACGCUGGCAGCGUAUACCAGGCGGCCCCUAUAUCCAAUCACAUGUGGCGAUCUCGGAACUUUCCCAGAAUAUGUCGAGAAUUCCUUGGUUAAACAUACAUCCAGGGCUCAACGAUGGGGUUGCAUCUUACUGCUCGACGAGGCUGAUGUCUUUUUGAGUCGUAGAGAUUGGCGUGAUACAAGUCACAAUGGAUUGGUAUCCGUCUUCCUUCGCCAACUGGAAUACUACUCGGGAAUAUUGUUCUUGACUACGAACAGAGUAGGCGUUCUCGACGAAGCGUUCAAAUCUCGCAUUCACAUGUCUCUUGCAUACCCAACUAUCAGAUUGGAACAAACGCUGGAGAUAUGGAAAGGAAUCCUGGACCGUCUUGAGAUGGACAAUCGUACAAUAAAGAUCAAAGUCAAGUUCGACAGGAGUGCUUUACUCGCAUGGGCUGAAAGGCAUUACAAGGCCCAUGAGCCAAUGAACACCACCUGGAAUGGUCGACAGAUCCGCAAUGCUUUCCAGUUGGCCAUCUCCUUGGGCCACUACGACCGAGACCGUAAGCUGGCAGCCGCCAACUUGACCAAUACACAGGCGAUAGCGAGCGGGGAGAAGAAAUGGACGUCAGUUAGGUUGACAACGGCGAAUUUUAACAACAUUGCCAAGACGGCGAGGGAUUUCGAGGACUACCUCCAAGCUACAAGAGGGAAUGAUAGUGACAUUGCAAAAAAUCUAUCACUACGACAUGAUUACCAGACAGAAGACGUGGCAGGGUCUUCGCAGUCGAGAAUGGCACAGAAGGAUUACAAAACCCAGAUUCAGGCUACGAAUCUCGGCGAUCGCGGAAUUAUGCGCCAGGACGUUAGCGAAAGGGUCAUCGAGGUUAUCUUUCGCCAGGUCGUCCGUUUCCUGUUACAGCUUCAAAAGCUCGAUUUCUCUCUGAUUGGCAGCCUGACCCCAAAGUCCGAGAUUGACUCCAGCGACAUCGCUGCGACGGUCUAUUCGCGGCCGAUGACUAAAAAGUCGCAUGACGUGUUGUUACAAGGCGGGAUAAAUGUUUUCGGGCCACGCGAGAAAGCAUUUGCAUCCACAGCUGAAUAUUUUCAUCACAUCAUUGACGGGGAUUUGCAGCAUUUGCAUAACCAGCCAAAUUCAGUCGAUGAUGAGCACGAUGCAAGAGAAAAGCACAUUUACUUCAAUAUCAUGAAAGCUCUAGUUUCCCGUCAUGUUUUGCCAAACCAAGAUAUGGGGCCUUUCAAGCUCAUGUGUGACGAUCUUCAGCCCACGAAUAUGAUCGUCGACAACGAACAGGAUCUUAGAAUUAUCAGUGUAAUUGACUGGGAGUGGUCAUAUACUGCACCGGCCCAGCUGGUUUCUUCCGUGCCGUCGUGGCUUCUGAUCGAGUCUCCAAACGCCUGGUCCUCUGUUGAUAAGAGAUUGGCUAGAUUCAACCGCCAUUUAGAAUUGUAUUCUAGGAUACUCAUGGAAGAAGAGCCAAAGAUCCUCGGAGAGGGAGUUGACCAAGACCGAAAGCCCUCAGCAAUAUUGCGAGCUUGUCAAGAAGAUGGGCACCAAUGGUUUCACAUGAUCAUUCUCCGCGGCUUCAACGGGCCAACCUGUGUGCCGUUUAUGAAGCUUCGAGAACAGACAAAAGACUGGGAUGAACUGGUUUCUGCCAUUCCAGAGGAGGAAAUUGAAUCUUUUGUCUCUAACAAGAUGGCAGACUUGCGCAAGUAUGAAGGACAGCUGGCUGAGACUGAGGAGCGCUAUAAAAUUGCGCUAGAGGGGGGCUUGCGAGAUUUGGAUUGUUUUCUUUCUGACAAUAGAAGAUUUCUAACUGUCAAUGACUCGCGGCACAAGUGGCAGUCAUGGGCUUGCUUCAACUGA